GGUUGAGCAGUUCGCCAUGCAGGACACGGGGUUGGUGCAGACGCGCUACCAUCAGUACCAGGUGGUGGGCAGGCUGAAGCCUUCGGCUGAGAAGGGUACACGCAAGGCAGACAUCUACAAGAUGAACAUCUUUGCUCCCAACAAGGUUGUGGCCAAGUCCAGGUUCUGGUACUACAUGUCCCUCCUCAAGCGAGUGAAGAAGGCCAACGGAGAGAUUCUUCAGAUCAAUGAGAUCUUCGAGAAGAAGCCUUCCACUGUCAGCAACUAUGGCAUCUGGAUGCGUUAUGACUCUCGUACUGGUCACCAUAACAUGUACAGGGAGUACCGUGAUGUCUCCAUCUGCGGAGCCGUCUCCAAGAUGUACCAGGAUGUGGCUGCUCGCCAUCGUUCGCGCUUCAGCAACGUGCAGAUCGUCCGCACUGCCCAGGUGCCCGAUGACAUGCUCCGCAAGACCUGGAACAAGGAAUACCUCGAGAAGGACAUCAAGUUCCCUAUCACCCAUCGCGUCCUUCGCCCAUCCUCCAAGGCUCUCAAGAAGACUUUUGUUGCUCGCAGACCCCGUACCUGCUUCGACAAUUAGAAAGUUUAUUUUAUCUUCACAGAGUAAAGAGUCGUUUUGCC